AAGCUCGUUUAAUCAACGGUAGUGACAACAAUGCUAUAAAUCCAAUCGCUGGAACUCCACAUCAACCUUUUUUGAGGGCCAUUAGUUCACUGAAUUUCAAUCAAAAUUCUUCUCCCGUUACGUCGCCUACCGAUUUUCUUGGUUUAAAACCGAGUGGUCCAACAACUAUUAAAUGCACUGAUAGCUUACCUGCAGGGCUAUAUCCUAUGCCAAGAUGUAUAUCAAAUGUGAUCUGUAAAUAUAAUACCCCACUUUAUGAUGUUAACGCAUUGUCAAGUUAUCGUUCAUUCAGGCGGACUAGCCAUUUCGCUACUUUCUUUGGUCAAUAUAUUUCAUUUGAUAUUGCGUCUUCAAAGAACACAAAUCCAACAUAUCCAAUUUUCUUACCAGCAGAUGAUCCGUUUUAUAAUCCGAAUUCAAAUUCCACUAUAUCUCCAUACCAACUUAAUGUACCCUUUUUACCAGCUAAUCGAUCUGAGGGUAAUAAUGACACUAAUCCAGAAACACGAAAUCCCCUUCUUAGUGGAAUAAAUUAUGUCACUCCUUUUCUUGAUUUAAAUAAUAUUUAUGGUAUUAGUGAUCAGGACGCGUUAAAUAGGCUUCGCAAUACAUCUGCUAACAAAGGAAAAUUGAAGACGUAUAUUAUUAAUGGCCAAGAAUUUCCUCCAAAAAGUGCAUCAGAUGGUUCAUUUAUUUGGGGUACUAUUGAACGUGCAUUUAAUAUAUUUACUUUGGCUAUUCAGACAAUUUGGAUACGCGAACAUAAUCGAUUAUGUGAUGAAUUGUACCAAAAAUAUGGUAGUUCUUGGACUGAUGAGCAGUAUUUUCAGGAAGCUAGACGUUGGGUUACUGCUUUCUAUCAAAAAGCUGUUGCUGAAGAAUAUUUUGGUGCUGUUCUUGGCCGUCCUUUACCGGCCUACCAAAAUUAUAAUCCCGAUAUUACGCCAGGAGUUGACACAUACUUUUCAACUGUUACAUUUCGAUACGGCCAUAGUGAAUUAAGUGAUUUUUACCGAAUUCAAGAUGAAUAUGGAGACACUCUUUAUGACUUAUCUUUGCAAGAUAUUACAAAUCUAACACUUUUGGAGGAACUUGGUUUAGAAAGAGUGCUUUGGUCUAUGAUUCUUCAACGCCAGGAAGAAGUUGAUGUUUUUUUAGCGGAUGCGACCAAAAAAGUUAUUAAUUUUAAUAAUAAUACUUAUGAUCUAGCAUCUAUUGAUGUCUUAAGGAGUAGGGAUCGUGGAAUUCCUUUAUAUAAUGUGGUUAGACAAUAUUUUGGCUUUCCAAAAGCUCAGUCGUUUGCUAACAUUUCUAAAAAUCCUAUCAUUCAAGAAAAUUUGGCUAAAAUAUAUCCAAAUGGAGUUGAAACAGUAGAGGCGUGGGUUGGCGUGAUGAGUGAAGAUCAUUUAGAUGGUUCAAAUUUUGGCAUGGUUAUGAAUGCGAAUUCUGAUAGUUUUUGGUUCGAAAAACCUGAAAUGUUCACUUCUGAUGAACGACUUAUUAUACGAAAUACAACACUCAGAGAUAUCAUCAUUCGUAACAUCAACAAUAGUGUAUAUUUCCCACAAAAUCUUUGGUCUGUUCAACCUAAAAUGACACUUAACAGUAGUGAAGAUAGUAAUUAUCCAACAAGGAUUGGCAGUUGGUCUCAAUAUAAUGUGAACUAUAGGAUUGAUUUAACAUAUGUGUAUUUCAAGGUUCAACUUCAAACUUCUGAUGGCAACGGCUGGUUUGGAAUGGGGUUUAGUCCUGAUGAUGACGGAAUGAAAGGAGCUGAAUUUAUCAUUGGCAUUGUUACUGAUGGAAAUGUCACAUUGGGAAAUUACCACGCCGCUGUAGGUGGUUAUCAUCCUCCUCUUCGUGAUGAUAAUCAAGAUCCCACUCUUGUACCAAAGUUCUCUAUGUCUGAUACCAAAGCUGUGACUGUAGAGUUCCAAAGACUUCUCCGUCCGCCGGGAAAGAAACCAAUUACAAAUGGUGAUAUGAAAUAUAUCUUGGCUUAUAAUCCAAACAGCAACGCAUUCACAUAUCAUCAAAAUAAUCGCAUGUUGUUUCGAGUAAACUUUUUUGAUAGUGAAAUCAGUUCUGCAGCCUCAACCGAUCUUCAAAAGUUGAUUAGAUUAGUUCAUGGUUGUGGAAUGAUCUUUACGUGGUGCCUUUUAUUUCCAAUAUCAAUCUUAAUCGUUCGAUACUUGAAGCAUCAUAAUCUACAUCUUAAAGCUCAUCGAUUUUUACAAGUUGUGGGUGGUAUUUCGGCUUCAGCAUUUGGAGCUGCUGCUAUUUCUACAGUGAUGCAGACACAAACUCCACAUGCUUGGGCGGGGUUGGUGGUAUAUAUUUUGUCAUUUGCUGAAUUAGGCCUUGGUCUAGUCGCCAUGUGGGGACAAACAUCUGUGGUAUCAGUUAAUAAGGAAUUGAUACCUAUUGCCUUUCUUACGGCUAGUAAUGACUCUUUGGGGUGGAAAAUUGCUUACUGUUGUUGGAUAGCAUUAGUAAUUGCUAUAUUUUUAACUUUGGACCUUUGGUGGCGGCUUGAAGGAGCUUUUGAUCAAUUUUUCUGUAUUAAAUAUAAGCCCCUUGCCGAAAAAACAAUGGCACAUGCUCACAUUAAAUAUGAAGAUUAUGCUAAAUUACCCGAGUUUACUUGGGAAGAAAUUAAUGAACGAGUGCAGCGUGGGGCUUAUUUGGUCGUUUGCGAUGGACUUGUAGUAGACAUCCGCAAUUUUUAUAGUUCCCAUCCAGAUUUUUACAAAGCACACGCAGACAAAAUUGUUGAGGAUAUCGAGUCUUCAGAAGCUUUAUUGAUUCCAAAAGAUACAACUUCUAGAAAUUAUUAUUCAUCUGUGCUUGCAAAGCAUAUGGAUCAUCUUCGAGGAAGGUCAACACCUCGAGGAAGAUGGAGUAUUGCCAAAUUUAUUGAUAAUCUUAAUGUAAAAUACUACUCAAGAGAACCACUGGCACAACAUGCUCAUAGUAAAUUUGCCAUACAAAAAAUGGCAUCAAUGGUUAUAGGCAAGAUAAAUGAAAAAAUGAAUGAAAAGACACUUUUAAUUUCAGGAGAUGGAUCUUCGUACCAAAAAGUAGAAAGAAAAUCUGCUGAAAUCGACACAAAUAGUAUCAAAUUUCACCGUUAUAAACUUACAAGCAAAAAAAUGGUUAAUGCAAAUGUCAAAUACCCCGUAAUGUGUUUUACAUUUUCCAAAGUACAUCAAGACGAGAAAGAUGUUUACACUGGAAAAAUCCUGCCUGGACAUUACAUUCAGGUGAAAUCUACAGUAAAUGGCCAAAUUGUGAUUAGAAGUUACACUCCCUUGGAAGGUAGUUUAUCCAAGUCAUUCAUUAUUUACGUCAAAAUUUAUCCGAGGGGACUCUUUUCACAGUAUUUGAAUGAACAGCUGAUAGGAUACGAACUUCAAGCACGUGGUCCAUUCGAUGUUUGUGAUAGAGAUAGGUCAUAUUUACUAACAGAACCGUUAAGUUCAACAAUCAUUUUUUCACCCACAAAACUCGGUAACACUUAUACCAGACAUACUGGGGUGUUAUCUACAGCGAAGACGUCUCUAUUAAAUCCGGAUAGUCCGGAUGGUUGCUGGGACGAAUUAUAUAUGAUUGCUGGUGGUACCGGAAUAACACCAAUGCUACAGUUAAUCAAGUAUUAUUUGGAACAGUCAAUGAAAGAUACCAAUAAAUAUAAUAAUUAUGCUACACAUAGACGGAUGCACUUAUUAUUUGGAAACCGUAAAAUUGAAGAUGUUAUUGAUGGUGAAUUGCUCGAAGAUAUUGCGAUUUCAAGUCGAGGACAACUUACUGUAACGUAUUGCCUCUCAGAGCCGCCUUCAGAUUGGGGUGGUUUGCAAGGAAAAAUUGAUAAACAAACAAUACAAGAAUGGAUGAAUUUAAUGCGGAGUGUAUUCCUUUUAACACCUAGCAAGCCUCAGAUGAAGAUUCUUGCGAGUCAUUCUAUACGUCGUAAAGUAAAUGCGCAAAGCCAGAGUUCUUCACCAACGCUAGAGCUUCAAUCGCCAUAUAUACAGCCACAUUAUGAAGAAGCUUUAUCUCCAAUCUUGCAAUACAGGUCUGAAAGUACGUUACCUCUUUCGAUAGAAUCGAAAACUUCUAUCAUACAACCUGAUAGUCAAAAAUAUGAAGAGUGUAUAAUUGAUGCGGAAUCCAAUUUAAGGCCAGAAUUGUUGACAAAAAAAUCACGAUUACUCGCUAUUGAUCCAGAUUUAGCAAAUUCUGAAGAAAGCUAUGGUUUGUUACAAGGAAAAAUUAUUGUUAGUGGUCCAUCUGGUAUGCUAAGUACUGUUGAACAAGCUCUACUUGAGAUGGGAUUUAAUGAACAAAAUAUAAAUAUAUUGUACUAG